AUGUCAACCCUCUCGGAGUACUCGUUUCUCGAACAGGAGUUCUUCGCUGGCUUUGGUCUCAACUCCGACUCCGACUGGGACGGGUUCAGUGUUCCUUCGUCCCAAAGCCUUUUAACCUUUUCAAACAGCUCAGGCUUACUUCCUCGUUCUAAUAAGCUGUCAAGCUCUCCUCAAAGAUACUGGAGCUGUUCUUCCCAGAACCCAAUUGUCUUGACUCCUGGUGCCAGGGACAACAGCCACCAGGCUCUUAGUUCAGGCCACUUUCUUUCAGACUACUCCUGCCAGGUACGCAUGGUUACUGAGACGUACCCGGAAAAGGCACUGAUAGCCUCGGAAGCAGCUCCCCUGGACUGCCAGCUGGCUACUGUUUCGAAAUCGUUUGAUGAUCCCAAUCUGUCACGCCUGCAAAACAGUGUUUAUCAAGAUCAAGGCAAGAGCCACGAGAACACCAAUGACUUCCCUUGCGUGCCUUAUGUUCCAGAGAACUUGGAAAUGUUGCCGCAGCCUACUCCCUCGAAAUCACUUCCACUUAGCGAAGGCUUGGACUCUGCUGACAGUCAAGGUUCAUCACUGCCACUAGCUCGGCCCCAGUUCCAAGUACGUCUACCCGUUAAUUUUAUUCCUAAAAUAGGCACUACUAGUACGGGCCUUGACACCAAGCAGAAUUUACCAGAACCUCAGGCGCCUGGGAGUGUUACCGAGGAAAAUACCAGCCCUAGUACACAGAGUAGUCCUACUACUGGAACUCCCACUAAAACCGUGACCACUCCCCAAGAGAUCUCUACUUAUAGCUUGCUGAAUAGCCCCACUGCUCAGCUUAGUCUAUCAGCUCUUGCUGCCUUGAGUACUGGAGAGGCCACUGACACCAAAGCAACCGAUAAGCACACCAAGAAGACUCGUGUGCUUCAAGGACUUCAAUGGCCACAAAUAAUCAAACAGGCACGCUCCAAUGUCUACACCAUAGAAACCACAGAUACCAUGAAAGUGACUUUUAGGUUCCAAGAACGCAAAGCUUUCUAUGGACUCUACUGCUUCAGCCGAAAAUCGAGAGAAUAUCGCCUUCCAAUUUUCAGAAACCUUUUAACCAUGCUGCAGAUGUUGGCUUCGGAGGACUAUGAUACCCUGCUGGCAAUACCUGAAGAUCCCGCUGUAAAGGUUAUUAAUGGAGGGCAGUCUUACAUGGUAAUUUUGAAAAGGUUUGAGUCACGCCUUACCCUUCAUCAGUUGGCUUAUAUCCUAGGCUUGCAACUGUAUAGGGUAUGCCUUACAAGGCACAUAGAGGGAAUUGUGAUUCUGAUGUUUGAACAAGUUUGCAAAGUCGACUUGUCUACAAAGCGGUGGUGCAAGUUCAACAGGAAAGAGCGUGCAUUGAUGAUAACUCACGUCCACAAGCUAUCAAAAUAUUACUUCCCCACACUCAACCCUGAGCUACUAGAGAUCAUCAUGCGAAGGGCAUCAUAUUCUAAAGCACAGCUUGAACUCAAAACGAAGAGGUUGAAUCGCAGAAAGAUAGUUCACGAUAUACCACAGGCAUCUACCACCAAAAAGAAAGUUAAGACAUAG